GCCUGAAGUACGCAACUGAAUGGUGACAGCAUCACAUGGUAUAGCUUUAAACGAUUAAGUAGUUCGGUGGCUAUUUGUCUUCAUGUUUGUGUUUUUUUCCAUGUUUUACGAAAGCUUCUUCCCCCAGCAGACAAUGGAUAUUGCUCGGAGACAAAAGAUAAUUGACAGCUAGUUCAGCCUCUGCAGAUCCUUCCGGCUUCAGAUGCACCAAUCAGCACGGUCCCGAGAGUCCGGAAAAUUGAUCAAAACUUUUAUGGGCAAAAGCGAGGUUUUGGGAGAUUGCGGAGAAUCUGUAAAACGUACGGACUGGUGGACGUGGGCUUCGGAAUCACAGCACCAGCUCGUUUAAAAGCAUCUGAUAUACAGCGAGCUGACAGACAUUAUACGAAAAGCGCUGAUCCAGGUAACAUUGAAUUAGGAUUUGCUCAGGUGUAAAGAUGGAGAUGAAGCCCAGGCAUGCAGAAAAUGAAAACCUUAAUGAAGAGGCGAACAGGGAAUCAUCUCAGUGUUGCACAUGGUGUGACAAACUUCAUACAACUGUGUCUAAUUGGAUGCUUCCUGAAGAAGUCAGGAGUCGCUACUUGGAAAGAGCAAAUUGCCUCCCUCCACCACUCUUCAUUAUCUCCAUAAGUUUGGCUGAGCUGGCUAUUUUUAUUUAUUAUGCUGUCUGGAUGCCUCAGAAGCAGUGGAUUACCCUUGAUACAGGAGUGCGGGAAAGCCCCUUCAUUUAUAGGCCUGAUAAGAGGCAGGAGGCCUGGAGGUUUGUUUCGUACAUGCUGGUGCAUGCUGGUGUUCAGCACUUAAUAGGGAACCUUCUCAUGCAGCUUAUUCUGGGAAUCCCUCUGGAGCUGGUUCACAAAGGCCACCGGGUUGGCCUGGUCUACAUCGCAGGUGUGAUUGGAGGUUCAUUGGCUAGCUCAAUAUUUGAUCCCUUGCUCAGUCUGGUUGGAGCUUCAGGUGGAGGCUAUGCCCUAAUGGGAGGCUACUUUAUGAAUGUAAUAGUGAACUUUAAGCAAAUGGUGCCACUAUUUGGUGUUUUCAGAUUGGCCUUUAUUUUGAUAAUAGUGGGCACUGAUGUGGGCUUUGCUCUAUAUAGAAGGUUCUUUGUUGAAGGAACUGGUUUCCGUGUGUCCUUUGUGGCUCACAUUGCAGGUGGCUUAGCCGGAAUGACAAUUGGUUACGUGGUUUUCAGCUGCUAUGACCAGAAACUCUUGAAGGAUCCUAGAUUUUGGGCUUCGAUUUUAGCCUAUUUUGCCUGUGUAGUGUUUGCCAUCAUAUUCAACAUCUUCCUGUCUCCUGCUUCUUAACCAGUAAGGGGAAGGGGUAAUAAAUUGGUCUUAUUGUUUUUUUAAAAUGUACAGUAAUAUCGAUGGUUUAUUAACAACAUGAACACAGAGAAGCACAGUUGGAACAAUCAUCUUGCACGACACCACACAACACCAAGUGACUUACUAUUAAUCCUUGCCACAAGAUAAUUUGUCUUAUAUUUUAUUGAUCACAUCAUGUCAUGGAGAAAGAGAAUGAGUGACAAACUGCUCUUUUUUCCUUGGUCAGUUGUUUGUUCCUGAAUUUAUAAUGGUCCUAUAAAUUUCCUUCUUUCUGUCAGGAAGGAUGACUGUCAGUGGUUUAUCUACUCCUCCCCACCCCCUGCCCAGUUCCGAAAUUGCAAACUCUUGUACACUAAAAUAGUUACAACCUUGAAUGGAUGAGCCGCAAACUGAACUCUGUGCCCACUGUGGCUUGAUUAGAAUUAUCUGCAUUAAUAUCAACAAUCCGGCUACUUUCAGAUUUAGAAAUUUAAGGCUCAUUUUCAGGACAACUGGAUCCUUAAACUUCUGUUGUAGAAUUUCCCAAACCAUCUUUGAAUUCCAGCCACUUUCUUUGUUUUUCUGCAAGUUGUUUUUAAAUUAUCUCAGUACAUACUUGGUCCUUUAUAUAUCUAAAUUUUGUUCACUAUUAUUUUACUCUAAUUGGAAAACCUCUUAUACUGUGGUGUCCUGAUUGGCAGCCAUUGCUUCUGUGACAUUCUUUCUCUGAGAUACAUCCAUGUUGCUUGGUAAGGUAAGGUGUCACAUAAAAAGUAUAAAUAAUUUAGGAAAUGUCAGCAGUGCCAAGGCAGUUAAUCACCUGUUUUGUUUUACCAGGUGAUCUUAUCUUAACCCUGGCAUUAACCUGUUUAAAAUAAAUGAGACUAUUACUGAUGUUAAAAUAAUGCCAGUUGAAAGAUCUAAACUAAGGGGCUUAUUUCUUAUGAUUCAUUUUGGACAGGCACCAGAAUGAGCAAGACAUAGAGGGAUAUGGAAUUAUUGCAGGCAAGUGGGAUUAGUAUAAAUAGGCAGACGGUCGGCAUAGACAUGGUGAGCCAAAAGAUCUGUUUCUAUGCUGUACAACUCUAUGUCUCUAUCUUGGAUUACAUUGGCUGUCAUUGAAAAACCAAUGAACAUGUGGAAUGGAAGCAGGAGUCAGCCAUAUCACCCCUUGAGUCUGCUCUGCCAUUCAAUAAGACCAUGCCUGAUAUGAUCCAGGCCUUAACUCCAUUUCCCUGCCUGUACCCCAUAACCCUUGGUUCCCUAUGGUUCAGUAGUUUGCCCUACAGUUUAGGGAAGCUUUACUCUUUUUCCUUCCAAUGUAUCCUUGGUUAAAAGCUGUUUUGAGCAUUUGUCUUUUAUAUAUGAUUAUUAAAGCUAUGUGGAAAUCAUAUUUUAAGAUAAUGAUGUUUUUGAAUCCAUUAUAAUCUUCACGUGACAAGUGACUGACUAAGUGGAAAUUUAAACGUUGCAGUAUCUGCCCGAAGAACAUGAUGGAUACAAAAACAUUAUGAUCUCAAAAAUAUGAUUUGUAUGCGGUGGCGAGAAGUUAAAUGCAUGCUGCAGAUUACCAUUAUUCUUGAAAUGUAGCAUUAAGUAUGUGUUUAUAGCAUGGUGGAGGACUGUUCUGCAGCUACUAUAUUACUAGAAAUAUUGGAGAUUAGAAAUUGCUUGCAGUUUUUAUGUGUAAAUGGCAAAAAGAUAAUUGUGUUAUUGGAUAUUGUCCUUUUUAACAGCCAAUAACUGCAUAUAUCGGUUUAUUUACUUUAUACUGUACUGAAUGAAUAGGUAACAGGUAAUUUUACUCAUUGCUUUUCUGCCAUGUACCUUUUGUCAGCUGAAGACAUAUACCUGGAAUUUGGGUACAUGCUUCCCGAUUUUGUCUGUUAAUUUCAAUGGAUGGAAAAUGAUGGGACACCCACUCCGUAAUUCAGGAGAUGAGUUUGCAGUGAGGAAACCUCGUAACAGGUGUAUAUCAUAUAUUAAAGUCAUAUAAAAGCUCAUUUCAAUAAGGCAAACACUUUCAUGGUAAUAUUAUGAGGUGUGUAUCAAUUUUAGGAAGUAGAGGUUAGAGGCAUAUUUGAUAUUAUGUUGUAAAUAAUAUUUUAGAAAUAACUUAAAGGUUGUAUGUCAGUUCUUCCAUGAUGUCCAAAGUGCUGUAUGAUUAGACUAAGCAAUUUUGGCUUCUGUAAUUCAAUGUUUAGAGUCUUUAAUUGUUCAAGGUGAGGAGACAUCUGUUCUGAAAGUGGUGGGGCACUAAGUUUUACAUUCCAAUUAAUCCACAUGUCACAUUGGACAUGUCUGAGAUGUGGGAAAUAUCAAAACCAUAAUGUUUAAUGUUGCACUAGUAACUUGGAGGUUGAUAACUCAGGUGUGCAGUUGCUUGGUUGCUUGUUUAACAAGAUCUUUGGUCUGGAAAGUAGUGAAGAAGUGAACAUUUGUUUUGCAGGAAUGCAGGUACAUAUGGUUUAUUUUUAUCAACAGAAUGUUACUAAUACCUGUAUUGAGAUUACGUUUGUUUGGUUACCUGCCCUUUAUGUAUGUACCAAAAUACACCUAUCAUAUUUAAGCCUGUAUUUAAAUUUAUGGCAGGAACUCAUCUACCUACAAAGUACAACCCAAGUCUCACUCACAUAUGAUCAUUCUUGACAAGCUUCACUGUUUUGACAGCAAUGUAUACCAUGCAGUCUCUUUACAACGGAAAGAGAUUAUUUGAGGUUUUAUAGAUUAGAGGCAUUAUGAACCAAUGACACUCAUUGAAAGUCUGUGCAGGAAUGAGAGAUACAAAACAAAUUGAAAGUGCUCUUCUGACAGGCUGACCUACAGCAGUCCUUGAUUCACCCUUGACAAGUUUCACUGUUUGGACAGCAAAAAAUACCAUGCAGUAUUUAUUUUUGCCCUAAUUGUACAACCAUUUGCAGUCAGUAUAGUGAUGAUCCAACCCUCUGCCCUCAGUGAUGCUGGAGCGAUGGUCAAGGGUGCCUGUGUGUUGGGGGAAAUAAAGAAAUUACAGCAUUUGAAAAUUGAUGUAUGGGAACAGAUGAUUUGCUCCCCCCAGAAUGAGCACACAAAUACAUUGCUUUUACAAAGGCUGAUUUAUAAAUAUACUGUUUUUAUUAAUUUUAUUUUAGUGAAAGUCUUGCAGUUCUUUAUUAAAUUAAUACUUAAAACGCUUCAAAUAGUUCAACUUGCAUAUUUGUAAAGGGCAAGUCCAUCAUUUUUAUAUCUGUUGGGAAGUUUUUAAAUGUCUAUUUACAGUUUUAAUAGUUUAAUAAUUAAAUGUUUUAAUGUAUGUUCAUAACUGAAAAUAUUGUCUGCUGGUCAGCCAGGUAGCACAUAUUUUAGCUGAUACUGGCAUGUUUUUUAGAACCCGUACAGUUUCCCCAAAGUUGCCUGUGCUCUCAGCUACUCCAGUGCCAAACUUGAACACCAUUUAGCUCUAUUUGUCAAGCAUCAUUUGUUUUAAAUGUGAAAACAAACUGAACCACUUUUGUAGUUUCUAACUGACCAGUGCACUCCAGUCCAGUCUCGAUCCACUUCUGGAAGCCUGGGCAGAAAUGUGGACCUCUGAUGUACAGCUAUUCAUUGACUUAUGAAAGGGAGACGUUCCUGGCAAACACUUUAUUAAGCAAAAUUUGGUAAAUCGAAAAGGCUGAGUGAAAUGCAUUAUAGGCAUUUCGGCACAGUAUUUCUGCACUACUCCUGCACUAUUCGUUAUAGUGAAAAAUAUUUCUGGAUAUCUAAAAGUAUCCCAAAAUGUUGUUCUAGCAAAAAUUUGUAAAUUAAAUUUUUGUAAGUUGGGAAAUUGCUGUACUUUAAAAUGAUUUUGAUGCCAAUUUUGUCUAUUAACAAAUGAAUGGAACAUCUAAAUAAUUCAUUUCCCUGUACAUGUUUUGAUUGUGAAAAAUAAAUUGAAUUAAAGUGGAACUUUAAUGAUGCA